GCUUUUUUCUUUUUUCAUUUCAUCCUGCGACCUGUCUGCGGCGGCUGCGGACGUGCGCGAGCCGGCAGCGCUGAUCCCCCGCGCCCCGUUUCAGCGGCCUCUCUGCUUUCAUUCCGGACCGCAGCUCAGUCCGAGUCAAGCCGGCUAAUUAGCCAGGGCUCGCGGGAGCCUCUGAAAGGGACAUCCUCUGUCUCUCGUGCAUGCGCGUGCUCUCUCUCUCUCUCUCUCUCUCUCUCACUCUCUCUCUCUCUCUCACUCUCUCACUCACUCUCUCUCGCUCUCUCUCUCUCACUCUCUGUCUCCCUCUCUCUCGCUCUCUCAGACUGAGACACAGUCUGCCCUUUCCCUUGUGCUGCUGCCUGCUUCUUGUCUGUCUGGCUGCUCUCUCUCUUUCUCUCCUCUCUCUCUCCCUCGCUCUGUUCUUUUUCUCUUCAUCAUGUUCCAGCUGCUCUCCAGCUUCAGUGAAUUUUUCUCCAUUUCCCUCCUCAGCACUGGUGCACUUUAUGAAUAUGUAUGAGUCUGUAUUCGUUCCCUGAACUUUCAUCCGUCCUGUCCGAUUCCUGGCAAAUGAUUGAAACUGUCUUCAAGAAUCUGUCGGGAAAGGAAGAAAGCAGAUGAGCAGUUAACGAGGCGAAGGACGGAUAAAUCAAAGGGCUGAAACUUGGGAGAGGGAGGGACCAGAAGAGGAAGAGAAGAGGAGGAGGAGGAACCGGAGAAGCGACGGAGCACAAAGUGCCUACUCCCGAAGGAGCAGCGCUGUCAGACCAGCCCCCUGUCUCUCCCUGGGCCUGACGGUCACCUGACGGGCUUCUCGCUCCUUUGGAACAGCAGCGUUUCAUCAGGGAGGCGGACCCCGUCGCCCGGCGCCCCACACGCAUCACACGUCUCAUCUGAGCGUUCGGGACACCGUUUUUUUUUUUGGUUUUUUUUUUAACGUGGAAAAGAAACGUACCUACCGUCCAACGAUACCAAAGGAAAUACCGGACCUUAACAAGAGCUACUGUGACGCCUAGACACAAAGGACGCAGCGAGAGAGACGGACUCUGGUACCUUUCUCUCUCUCUCUCUCUCUCUCUCUCUUUCUCGCUCACUCCCUCCCUCUCCAGCGCAGUGUCAGGGAGUGUCCCCCCAGUCCGCCCUGCUCCCAGAAUGCCCGUGUGACCCGCCUUCUCUUGUCCCCCGCGACCGUGACAGAGCUGGACUCUGCUCGCCAGUCAUCCCGCCACCCCCUCAAGGCCUGGGAUUGAAGCUGCCCUCGUUUCACCCCCCUGGGCCGUUCCCCGGAGGACCCCAACCACCUGCCAUGGCUGCCAACGUGGCCAUGGGCCGCGACACCAAGUGGCUGACCCUGGAGGUGUGCCGGGAGUUCCAGAGGGGCACCUGCUCCCGCUCGGACGCCGAGUGCAAGUUCGCCCACCCCUCGCGCAGCUGCCACGUGGAGAACGGCCGCGUCAUCGCCUGCUUCGACUCGCUCAAGGGUCGCUGCACACGAGAGAACUGCAAGUACUUGCACCCUCCGCCCCACCUGAAAACCCAGCUGGAGAUCAACGGCCGCAAUAACCUGAUCCAGCAGAAGACGGCGGCCGCCAUGUUGGCUCAGCAGAUGCAGUUCAUGCUGCCGGGAGCCCAGUUGCAGCCCAUAACGACUUUCCCGGUCACGCCCUCCCUGGCCACCAGCCCCAGCAUGGCGUUCAGCCCCUACCUGAGCCACAUGAACCCGGGGAUGGGCCUGGUUCAGGAGCUGCUGCCCAGCGCCCCCGUGCUGGUCCCGGGGAGCCCCACCACCCUCACCAUGGGCGGCAGCAACCCCGCGCAGAAGCACCUGCGCACCGACAAGCUGGAGGUGUGCCGGGAGUUCCAGCGGGGGAACUGCACGCGGGGGGAGAACGACUGCCGCUACGCCCACCCGCAGGAGGCGGCCAUGGUGGACGGCAGCGAGAACUCGGUCAUCGUGUGCAUGGACUACAUCAAGGGCCGCUGCUCCCGGGACAAGUGCAAGUACUUCCACCCGCCCGCCCACCUGCAGGCCAAGAUCAAGGCCGCGCAGCACCAGGCCAGCCAGAACGCCGCCGCCGCCGCCGCCAUGGCCCUGCCGCAUGGGGCCCUGCAGCCGCUACCAAAGAGACCGGCUCUGGAGAAGACCAACGGCGCCGCCACGGCCGUCUUCAACCCCAGCAUGUUCCACUACCAGCAGGCCCUGGCCAACAUGCAGCUCCAGCAGCCCACCUUCAUCCCCACAGGCUCUUUCCUGUGCAUGGCGCCCUCUGGAGGCGUUGGCUUUCUCAAGCCUCCUUCCCCGCUGGUGGCCGAGGGCCGCUGGGAGAGGCGGGACUGGAGCAGCUGCAGGCUCCCCCACAGCCGCCUCCUGUCAGCGCCCGGAAAUACCGUUCCCAUGAUGCACGGUGCCACGCCUUCCACUGUUACGUCCGCCUCGACCCCCGUCACCAGUGUUCCUUUCGCCGACACCGCGGCCUCCAAUCAGAUUUCCCAAUUAUCAGUACAUGAACUGAAUAGCAACUUGUUUGUUUCACAGAUGUAACCGUUGUCCAUAAAAAAUAGACCCCCACAAGGUUCUGAAUGCCAGCCCAAUGGAUCUCCAGUUCGUCCCCAUGGAAACCCCAUCCCACACAAUCCCGAAACUCCCGUUGCUCUGGUGGCGGUGAGCCCAGUAAGCCUGUCUCCAAAACCAAGCUAAGUUCACCACCACCCAAAUAACCGCCAGUUCCCUCACGAGCAGUGCCCAAGAACACCACAGCGACCAGAACGCCGAAAACCGUGCCUACUCCAAAUCUCCUUUUGGCAGGAGUGCAGAAGUUCCACCGCAGUCCCGCGUAAUUCAUUAACCGACCCGCCCACACCUUUACGCCAACUAUGCCGCGCUCCUCCCAGAGCUGUCCCGAGAACUAGGCCACACUGAGACGAACGCCAAAAACAAAAAAACAGGUCAGGCAGGCGAAGAGAGAACCCUGGUCCGGUGUCGAAACACGCCACACACACACAGUGCUGAGCUCGUCCCAGCCCGUCCCGCAGCCCCCCGGCCUGAACACACUGAGCACCGCGGUGUUCAGGACACGCAUGGAAGGAGGCGAGGACUUCGUGUGCAGGAAGACACGUUUACACGACCCAACACACCUGAAUGUUCAGUAGCUUCACUUCAAAGGGAAGGCGUAUUGAAAACGAAGCAAAGGAAAAUGCAGGCCGCGGUUUGUAAGUUUACUGCACGGCAGUAACAAAAAUUAGAAGGACAAAGAAAUUUUAGAAGUUGGUCCGACAACUUUUAAUUGAAAAAGAAAACAAAAACAAACGAUAUAAAAAGUGUUAAGAUGUUUUAUGUUUACAUGUAAAAACUCAAAAUCAAAGAAAUAUCAAGAGGCGAUCGACGAAUUACUCUCAUUUGAAAGAAAGAGGACACUUUUUUCGGAGGGCUUUCUUCUGUCCUCCUGUAAUCCAGGAUUGAGCAUUCAAACCUCGACCGCAGGUGGGUUUCUGUCAGCUUAACCAGUGCCUUUAAAUUAGCCACUGUCUGUAAUAAGGGUGGAGACAAUUUGACCUCCUAUCCUACUAACUUCUCUGAAUGAACAAAGACCUAAGGUGGAAUGAUAAGACAGAAACUGCUUCAGGCCUGGAAUAUAGGAGCUCUGUAUGUACUAAUGAUUUGAGGGGUAAGUUGGGCUGUCCUUAAGUUAAGCUCACUGGUAUAAGAAUGUUGCAUGGCACAGCACUGCAGUGUUAUAAGACCACAAAUCUUGGGAUCAGCCUCUCCUGUAACCAUACUGAUUUGCCAUGGUUGGACAGCGCCCCCUACCUGCAUGGAGGAUUACCAGCACAUCCCAGCGUGAAUGCCAUCAGUUUGCUUCUGAUUGGUUCCCUGCUAACGGACUCCUUAUCAGUGCAUUUUGUAUACUGAUGCUACUUUCUAAGGGCAGGAAUCAAAACAGCCUUAAGCAGAUAGGUAGUGGGUACCGCAAGCAUAUGUCUGUAUAUGUAUAAUAUGAGGUUGGGAACUCAAGCAGAAAGGUGACCAGUUGCAUAAAUAAGAUGCACAUGGACGUCUGUCGUAAAUAACAGAGAAAAAAAAACUAUUUCAAAAACUAUACUUGUAAGUAGCUUUAAGGCACUUAAACUUUUUAUUUUUUUGACAUCCCAGAACUUGAAUUUGAAAUUGACUUACAAUCAAAACCGGAGUUUUGAUUCGAGUCUUCUUGUUUCCUUCGAUUUUGAAUGCAAACUGGCCACCAGAUCUGCUUGCACAAGUUGCCUGGUGAAAAGAUUGACAAUCUGAUGGAACGCGAUACGUAAUCGGCUUCUCCUGUCCUGCUCAGCCAUCUGUCUGUUCAGUGUGUGUAUGUGUGCGCGCGCGUGUGUGUGACUGCGUGUCUGUGUUUCAGUUGCUGUGUCCGUUUAGUUUUCGCUUUGCACCGCGUUAAUGUUGUUAUUUCCGCGUGAAUACCCCUGAAACAGACUGUGGUGUCCUGAAAUGCAUGGAAGCAUGAAAGCACGUAAACACCAACACGUGUGAAACACUCCGGAGUUAGUGUGAGUUCAAGACCCCCGUCUUUGGGUUCCCGACCUUCUCUGAGGGUCUUGUACUGCCUGGCACAGGGUUCUAGCUUUGAAAGAAUCUGGAGGAACUUUUCUUUUUUUGCAUUGAGAGAUGAGAGUAAAGAUUGACCCUCCCGCUUUCGUCUGUUCUCUUCAUCUUCUCCCUGUCGUGUGAUAGUGUUUGGCCAUUUUAGCAUUUUUCCUUUAUUUCCCCUUUUUAUUACAUUUGGUGUUUGUUUUUGGACUAGAUGAAUACAAGGGUUGUGUGGAAAAUGUGUGCUACAGGUAGUGAUGCAUUUGCGUCAACGGGAGUAGGGAGCACUGGAAUUACAAGGCAAGUUGCAGUGGACGACCUUGCUGAAUCUCAGGUUGAUUCACAGAAGGUCACAAAUUGAGAAACUUAAAAGAAAAAGAAAAAAAGGAUUGUUGAACUGCCAUCCCAUUGAUUGCACUUUUGGAAUUGGGCUGUUUAUGCAAUUUAUUUGUACAAUUGUUUUGGAUUUUAUUUUGGUGUGUGCGCGUGUGUGUGUGUGUGUAUGCACGUGCGCCAUUUGUUGCUCUUGAAGUCAUCGAGACUUAAAAUUGGACCUUAAUCACUGAAAUGCACUCAUGCUUUCAAAAGUCGGCGGGCUCUAAACGUUCAGCGGCAAGAUGCUGCUUUGUGGCUGUGGGAACAGGAAGGGGAAGAGGAGGGGGAGAGGUGCAGACAGGUAAAUUCAUCUAGGAGGUGCUGUUUACUGUCCAAAUGCUGUCUGCCCUAAAGCGAAACCUUAGAGGUCACUUUGGGGGCACAAUGCUUUUAGAAUAUUGGUAAACCGUGCAUUGCAGGUACACCACAACUGUGAUGAACAUGGAUAUGAAUUAUGGCUAGCACGCUACGUGAAGCCAUUUUCAGAAGAUGAAUAAUUCGAAAUAUGAAUAGCAUACCUCGGCAGCAUACUCCUCUCUCUCUUCCUGUCAAACUGGUUCAACCCUCCACAUACUGUAGCCACACAUUCAAAUAGAGGAUUGAAAUGUACGAAAAUGAUUUAUGAAUCAGUGUUUGAUACACUGCACAAACAAGCAAGAAAGGGUUCUUUUACUAAUAGGGUUUUCAUUAACCUCUUGUUUCUCUUUUAAAUGUAGUUCAGAAUGUUUAUUCUUUUAAAUGUAAAAGCAGAAGCCAUGUGGUCUCCGGUCAGAUUUUUUCCGAACUCUAGUUGGGCUGAACAUUUAAAUGAUUGAAUCACUAAUGUGUAGCCAGGCUAUGUAAGAAAGGUAAAAUAUUGGCUUUAUCAGUCUUUCACUCACUGCUGUUUCUUUAUAGUGCAGCUUGCGGAAUGACUGAGGUUGUCAUAUCUGACUGGAAAAAAAAAUCUUCUAAACGAGAAGACACAAGAUAUGAUUUUACAAGUACGCCUUUAGUUUUCUAGUUUUCUUUCUGCUAAGAGGUCAAAUGUGAAACAGUACACAAACAAUAUUCUGUGUUAAUGUAAAAAAACAAAAAUGCAUUUACGUGUGGUAUGAUUAUGGAUUCUCGAUUUUGUUUGUCUUUGUGAAACUUAUUUUCUGGGGCAUGCUCUAUUGGUUUGUGAAGUAGAGCUGGCUAACUGUUGCUGUUGUCCUUGAGGGCAAAUGGGAUUAAUGAGUUUUUUGCAAAUGUGUACUAAAUAUCGACUGCUUAACGAGCAGGAAAUUGACACGUUUUUUCAUUUUUAAUUAAAGCUGGUUAAUUAUAGUUUGAUGAGGAAUUAAAACUACAUAGCCCUGAAGGACUGGAGGGCCUCAGUCCAGGUGUAAACAACUCUCUCUCACUCUCCAUCAGCAUCUCUCUCUGGCUCUCUCUCUUUCUCUCUGUCUCUCUCUCUCUCCCCCCCCCCUUCUGAUGUGAAAUAUGCCUUCUCCAACUCAGCUCAGCUGGAAAAAAAUGACUUGAUUAAAAAAAAAUACAUCGGGGGGCCUUAGCCAUUUUAUGUACACUUGUGUUGUGUACUCUGGUUGUGUGAUGAGUCAAUUAGUUAGCUAGGGUAAUCCAAGUGUAAAUAUCACAAUAACUUUACUACUAGUCUUUACUCAUCAUUUUUUUCUAGGUUUCUAUUUGACCUUUUUUCUCUCCUGUUGAUUUUAUUUUACUGAAUAUUUUUCCUGUUAGUUGUGUCAUUUUAGUUUUAUAUCUGUACUGGCAGAAGUGUUGGUUAUAUUUGAUGUAUUUUUAAAACCAUAUUUUUUCUUAAUCAGUUCAGUUUCCUAUUCAUUAUAAAAUACAUAGCAUGGAAUUUAAAAUUAACUCAAUUCAUAGUUUGUGUAGUUUGCAGUUUCAAAACAUAAAAUAAAAAAUAGAUAUAUAGAAUAUACAGAUUUGUAUGUAACUACAAUGAUAGAUUCAUUGUUACUUAUGAUAUUAAGUUGUUGUUGCUAUGGCAACAAAACUACAACAUGGCUACCUUUAUAUACCUUAAUUGUGAAUUUUUUUCACAUGUAAAUUGAAAUAAUGUACAACAUUAACUUAUUCAAAAAAGAAUGGGUAGAUAGACUGUCUUGAAUAAAGAGAUGAUUGAAUAUUUUGUAAGAAAAAAAGCAAAGAAGAAAAAAACUUUCAAAUCCAAAGGCCCUAAUUAGGGGAGAUCAGGUGUGUUUUUAUUUUUCUUUCUAUUUUUAUUUUUUGUGGUUUUUUGGGGAGGGAUUGUGUGCCUCCAGGUUUGUGUGACCUGGAGUCAAAGGCUGGAAUGUUCUGUCUUGGCUUAUGAAGCCGUCAGUGGGACCCUUUGGGGAGGAGGAAACUUGUUUUUUUUUUUUUUUCUUUUGAGAUUUUCCCCUUUUUAUUUAUGAUUUACGGUCACUUAAAAGAGUAAUGGAAGUCAUUAUCACAAAGUAUACUGAAUAACUCGUGCUAAAAAAAUCACUGUUAAAAGUUUCUGUUCGGUUGGCAUCUUGCGUUACUUCCAGAGUUGAUGCAGGUACGUACUACAUGGCCUCUCCUGCCUGCUCGGCCAGACGUUUUGGAGGAAGUAUGGCGUAACAUUUCAAAACUCUUAGAACUGUUUGUCCCUCUCCUUCAUUUCAGUGACAUUUCUCAAGUUUCCCUCUCCCCUCACCCCACCAAAGCUAUGCCCUGCUGUGCUGGGGGCCAUUGUCACUCACUGGAGCUGAGAUAACUCAAAUCGGUGUACGAAUGUGUGAUAUUCACCUUGUUUGCACUUAUGUACAUAAAUAAGUCAAGAUAUUCAGACCAAGUUUUGAAUAUUUAGAGAGAAAAUAAAGAAGAAUCUAUCAAAAGAACUAUUGUUAAUAUGGCAAAUAAUGAUCAUUUUAAAAGUUUGUAAGAGAUGCAAUUGUGGCUUUUGAGGGAUUUUUUUUCUUUCAUUUAAAUUUUGUUUUAAUUUUCUUUUGGCCUCGUCCUUCUCAAAGCAUGUCAUUGUUCUGACGUUAUGAUGGCAAGAAAAAAAGUCUGUGUUGAAAAGCUUUAUAGUUUGUCAUACCUUACAAAAACACUGAAUGUUUAAUCCAGCUGUCUCUGAUGCUGAAGGAAACUGCAGUGCUCAUUGACAUAAAUUCAUAGCCAUUGUUUUAUUAUAAAUAAUUUUAUAAUAUUAAUAAAUCUGUUCAAUAAAAAUGUGGUCCUAAAGCCCAUAGGGCAAAAUAAAUUGUCGAUUUAUGUCUUUGACUCUUCAGAGUUAGUGUGGAGUCUUUCAGACAAAUAUAAUUUCCAAUUUUAAGGAAGAAAUUCAUUACUGCAUUUAUCUGACAGUUUCACUAGUGUUUUAAGUUGAGUGCAUAUUUAAAUACCUAAUCCAAUGGCAAUGCACUCUUUAAAAAGCUUGUGAUUCUGCAACACCGUUAGCACUCUGAUGAGCCAUGCUAAGUGGUUGCUCAGGUAUUCAGUGUCUAUUGAAGGGUCAGUCUAACCUACACCGCCCUCUGCAGGCUGCCUGAAGAAUGCAGAUGACAGCUGGAAAGUAUAGCAAAACGCAAGAAGCUGAAAAUAAUUUGAUUCAGUUUUUUUUUUUUAAGGUUGUUACAUUUUGGUUUUAUUUUUAAAAAAUGCAGAUCAGUCUCAAUCUCCAUAAAUCUUAAACUAAAUUGAAACCGGAAAGACAACAGCUCAUUUGUUCUACAAAAACACACAAUAAACAACAAAUAAGGAAGCCUCUGUUCGUGCGAUAUUGUACAUGUGCGCUUUGAUAGCGUUGGAAGCCAAUAAUUUUGUUGCCAUGGCACUUGUGUCCUAGCAGUGGGGAAGGGGUUGAGCCUUAAAGGGUUGCGAUGGGUAGAUGCAUCCCUGGGCCACGUGAUUGGCCCACAGCCUUUGGGCAGUUUACACCACCAAAGACUGAGAGUCCAACACUUAGCCGCACAGAAAACCCAUGUGAGACUGAAAGCCUUGCCAUUUUUUGAGUACACACAUUUGAAAUGCAUGUACUUUACUCUCAACUCAGAAUGCUUAUAUUUCCACUGUGGAGCUCCAUAAGGACUGUACUGUUAAACCUGCUGUGUAUGGAGCUGCAGAGGUCCAUACUGUUGUGCCUACAUAUUCACUGUGGUGAGAAUGACACCGAGUCCUUCUCUCACUGUUAACGGUGACCACUUUGUGACCCUUUAAUACAGCCAGAAUUUCAGUCUUUCGGUAAGUAGAUGUGGAGGGGGGAGGGCUGACGUUACCCGACAGAAUGAGAGAGCCGAGUGAACACAAUGUGCGAGGCGGAGACUUACAGCAAAACCUGACCGUCGAGAUGCCCUUUAAUGUCGAGCGGUGCAGUGGGUUAGCUUGAAGCUGUGCGUCUGAGAAUCAGUAUUCACAGGUACUAAACUGCAGUUAUUGUGCCCUUUCCAUAUAUGGAAGAUUCACCAGAACCCCCGGUAUCCAGGUUUAAGUUUGAUGCUUGAAUACACGUUUGUGAUUGUACUGGAAAGUGCCUCAGUCAGGAGUGUUGUCUGCCCAGUGUUUGUAAGUAUAAUUCAGAAAUGAGAAUGUCCAUAUUGUCUCAAAGCCAUAUCAACUAGACUCACCUCUCCUCCACUGCAGGGCAACAAGAAAAAAAAAUGCUCUUUACUUCUUUGGGUAAUAGUUUUAUUCCUUACUCUGUUUCUAUUAGCUUGUAGUGCUUGUAUGUGCUUUAGAACUGUGCUUAAUUCUAAUCUCUUUUGGUAUAUAUAAAUAUAUAAAUAUGAAUAUAUAAAAUAUAUUACUUCUGUUAUUUUUUUGACCUUUUAAUAAAGCACUUAAAUA